UUUUAAGUCGCGAAUUAAUCAUGAAAUGGUCAUCUCAUUAAUCACUGUCAAUAGGAGUUCUCCAGUUAUAGUUACAGCCGGUUUCACAUGAAUCAGUCGAUAUUAUCUAUCCCAUUGGUUUCUACUACUCACAACCAGGAAGUGACAGACUAUCCAUACAACAUAUUCUAAAUGAUUCCAAGGAUUAAAAUAUGUCGUGAAGAUAAAACUGAAAUAGUAGACGAAUUUAUGAAACUAUUGGAAAACAUAAAAACACUUUGCAACAAAAUGGAAGUUGAAUUUGUGAAAAAAGUUUCUGCUUAUCUUGAAAAAGAUGGUUUAGGCGAAAAGUUGCAAGAUGUAGCUAAAAUUGCUCUCAACCGGGUCGUUAAUUGUCUAUCACAAUAUGAUGAAUAA